AUGUCUACACUGAUCGCCACCCAGAAACAUGGUAGUCCAACGCUCUUGUUCUCCAGUGGAAGCACUCGGGCGAGAAGUCUUCGGGCUACACGCGUGCAAAGGCAGACGUCCGCAAAUCUUUCAAACUGUGCUGGAGACACGGACAACGGCCUUGUUUCGCGCAGAGGUCGUUUCGGUGACUACGAACGAGAACCAUUUACGAUCUUGUUUUUUGGGCGCGACGCGUUCUCAUGCAAGAUUUUCAAACACGUCUACGAAGCAAGGGACAUCUGGCAUAGCUUGCAGAUAGCUACGAACCCCGAUGUGAAGACUGGCCGAAAUGGGUCUCGGUUGGAUAUUUCACCGCUGAAAACACUCGGAAGGACCCUUGGAAUUCCUGUACAUAUCAUCCCAAAAGAGAAGGCAGCGUUUAGACGUUGGCUUCCCCCUCGGCCGUUUACACCAUCAAAUCCGAACACGACUACCGAUGCAUUCGAACCUCCCCGGUCUCAUGUCCUCGUGACAGCAUCAUUUGGCCGUAUCCUACCUUCCUCAAUUCUUAGCCUGUUUCCAGAGUCUCAACGUCUCAACGUACAUCCGAGUUUACUUCCUGCAUAUCGUGGACCUGCACCCAUACAACGGGCGUUGAUGGCAGCGGAGAGACAAACAGGUGUCUGCGUAAUACAGAUGGGUGAAGUGAGCCGACGGGAGGGUAAGACAGUUGAUCAAGGCGGAAUUUGGGCAGUGGAGAGAAUGGCCAUAGGAGAUGAUGCAACUUUCACCGAUAUGCAAAACAAUCUUGCUGAGAAGGGGGGGAAAUGUUUGGUACAAGUACUUCGCGACAUGCUGAGGGGAAAGGUGUGUCUCUACGUCUUCCUGUUUUGUCACCUAGCGAACGUCAUCAAGGCACAUUGCAUUCCUCAGGCUCCGCUGGGCGCAGAGACUCAUGCACCAGCUAUAACAGCGGCCGACUCCACCAUCAAUUUUGAGGCACAAACAGCAGAUGUCAUUGCACGCCUUGAACGAGCUAUCGGACACCAGCGUGCUUUGUCAAUCCCUCUUGCACUCCCUGGGGGACGCUCAGUCUCAAUUGCCGGUUUGUGCGCCAUUCCCCCCGGCUCUCCGCUCACGCCUCAGAUGGGCAAUGCGCGCCCAGGCAGGGCCAGGUACUCGUCGACAGCCAAACAGCUCUUAGUAGCCUGCGCAGGAGGGAGUCUGUUGAGUGUGGAUAGGUUGCAAACACAAGACCGCGCUGUGCUGACAGCCAGAGAGUGGUGGAACGGAUUGAAGGGCAUGGGGUUGGUCAAGGAUGGGACUUUCACAUUUGGAUAUCCCCUGGAGGAUUCGAUGUGA